ACAUAGUAUUCAAGUAAAUGUGAGGCAAGAGUCCUCAAUUUCUUAAUUUUGUUUUUUGGUUUUAGCAUGCUAUUCCAGAUGUAUAAGCCAGGCGUAAAAGGCAGUUUGUUAUUUAAUAAUUUUACCCCUGGCAACAACUAAGUUCAAAUAACAAUCAUUGAUCGUUCAUUCAUAUUUCGUUCACUUUGUUUUGACAGCCAAAGCCGUCGCAAUGUCGGCCCACAAGACAUUUAUUAUUAAGCGAAAACUUGCUAAGAAGCUGAAACAAAACAGACCUAUUCCCCAAUGGGUCAGAAUGCGCACGGGGAACACUAUUAGAUACAACGCCAAGAGGCGUCACUGGAGGAGGACUAAGCUCAAGUUGUAAGCUUACCAGCAUAUCGACUAAGUUAAAUAAAUCCCCAACAUAAAACCCUAA